AUGGAUUUACGCCUCACAAGAUCCUUGGAGAAGAAAGCCUCUGAGCUUCUAGAAGCUAUACCCAAACCUUUUAUCUCGCUUCACCUUCGCUUUGAACCGGACAUGGUAGCUUACAGCCAAUGCCAAUACUCGGGUCUUUCUUCAGCCUCCAUCAAAACCAUUGAGGCAGCACAAGGAGAUAGAAAACCGUGGACUGGAGAGUUGGCCUGCAUUUGGAGAAAACGGGGGAAGUGUCCCCUUACGCCUAAUGAGAUGGCCUUCAUACUUCAAGCACUUUCCAUCCCGACAAACACAAAUAUAUAUCUGGCAGCCGGGGAUGAGCUUAUGGAAAUUGAAGGUUUAACAUCUGUUUACACCAAUGUAGUCACUAAGUCUAGCCUCCUUAGUGGUGAGGAUUUCACAAGCAUGCAUGGGAACACGAAAGCUGCAUUGGAUUAUCACGUGUCUAUUAAUAGUGAUUCUUACGUGGCAACAUAUUUUGGAAAUAUGGACAAGAUGGUUGCUGCAAUGCGAGUUUUCAAGGGGCUGUACAAAACUCUUUUCUUAAGCAGAAGAGCUUUUGCUGAUUUCAAGUCACAGGGCUUGAGAGGGAGAGAAUUGAUGCAAGCUCUGUGGAAGGCUCAUAGAGAUGAUUAUGUCAUAGGAAGAGAGUCUGCUUUGCCUGACUGUUUUCGUGAGGUUAAAUUGUAAUUUUACGUUUCAGAUAUUUAUUUGUAUUUGUUUGUUUCUUCUUUGUUUUUCAAAUUUUGAGGUGAUAUUAACCAAAAGAAAUCCUUGUAAGGUUUCCUUUGUAGUUUAUGUCUUGCGGGUAACUUGCGAGAAGAAAGAAAAAGGAAAAAAGUAAAUGCUGGUUGCACACGCCAGGUUUCGCUGAAUGUCAAUACGUGAAGGAAGAGGGGAGGCAGAACGAUAAGGCCCGAGGGAAUCCUCGAUGCGGUGAGCAACGCACCGUUUCAUUAAUCGUACUACGUGGACGGCAUGUACGCAAAGGGUACGCGACGCCGUGUGCAAAUAGCAUUUCUCGGCGGAUCGAUUAAUACAUGCACAC